AUGGGAGACGUUAAGAAAGAACAAAAGCCUUUUUCAUACGAGAAAGCUAAAACCUUUUCAUGUAAUUCACAUUGUUCUAUGUUAAGGCUUUUCUCGAAGCUAAUCUUAACUUUCGCCAUUAUAUUCUCUAUCCAAUUCGUUUUCUACCCUCUCAGUUUCAUCUCCUCUUCUCAACCUCGACCUCGACCUCUGAUCAAAAUCGCGGUUUCACCGGUCGUAUCCGGACCCGGUUCGGGUCCAAAACCGGAACAAACUGAAAUCAAGCACGUCGUUUUCGGAAUCGCCGCGUCUGCGAAGCUCUGGAAACACCGUAGAGAGUACGUAAAGCUCUGGUGGAAACCCGACGGCGAAAUGAAGGGUUUCGUUUGGUUAGACAAACACAUUAACCAAAACGACACCGAAUUGCCUCCGAUCAGAGUUUCCUCCGACACGGCGAGGUUUAAGUAUAAAUUCCCAAAGGGUAACCGGUCGGCGAUCAGGCUCACACGAAUCGUCUCCGAAACAGUGAGGCUUUUAAACGGAACAGAGUCUGAGAAAAAUGUGAGGUGGAUUGUGAUGGGAGACGACGACACUGUGUUCUUCACGGAGAAUCUUAUCAGAGUUUUGAGAAAGUACGAUCACAAUCAGUUCUACUACAUCGGAAGCUCGUCGGAGAGUCAUAUCCAGAAUCUGAAAUUCUCUUACGGGAUGGCUUAUGGAGGUGGAGGAUUCGCGAUUAGCUAUCCGUUGGCUAAAGCUUUGGAGAAAAUGCAAGAUCGGUGUAUUCAAAGAUACCCGGAACUGUACGGUUCCGAUGACCGGAUUCAUGCUUGCAUGGCGGAGCUCGGUGUUCCUUUGACUAGAGAAGUUGGAUUUCAUCAGGUUGAUUUAUUCGGGAAACUGUUGGGCUUAUUAUCGGCCCAUCCACUAGCUCCAAUAGUAUCGAUCCAUCAUCUAGAUUUAGUGGAUCCAGUAUUCCCGAAUAUGGGCCGAGUCAACGCCAUGAAACGUUUCAUGGUUCCAGCAAAACUCGACUCAGCAAGCCUCACGCAACAGUCAAUCUGCUACGACACGGCUCGCCGAUGGACCGUGUCCGUCUCUUGGGGAUACACAGUCCAGAUCACACGUGGAGUUUUGUCACCCAGAGAGAUGCAGAUCCCCACGCGCACUUUCAUCGACUGGUACAAACGCACCGAUGACAAAAGCUACGCUUUUAACACGCGUCCUUUUAGCAAAAACGCUUGUCAACGCCCGCGCGUGUAUUUUCUGUCCAACGCGCUUCCUGAUUCGGCCUUACACAGAACUGCUAGCGAGUACGUGAGAUGGUAUGACGACUGGGAUCCUGAAUGCGAUUGGAAUAUGUCGGAUCCUUCUGAAAUUGAUCGGGUCAUCGUUUAUAAAAAACCCGACCCGGAUAGGUGGGACAAAAAUAAGGCUCCUAGAAGAGAUUGUUGUAGGGUAUUGCCGAGGAAGAAGAAUGGGACGAUGGUGAUUGAUGUUGGAGCUUGUAAAGAUGAUGAAAUUGUUGAAUUCUUAGUCAAAUAG